AUGCCCAGACGCACCGUGGGAAAUCCUCUAAGCGCCUCCAUUUACAUUGGUGCUUUUGCGCUUGGAUGCUAUGCGCUCAAUUAUUUGGUGAACAACGUCAUACUUCCUCCCCAUCUUGCUGGUGGGGGCCACUGGCAGUUUCUCACCAAUCUUUCGCUUCUCUUUUCGCUCAUGGUGUUUGCCGUUGGCUUCGUGGGACAUUUGUCGAAGAGUGCCGCCUUGUACAACUUGAAGAACUCCUUGCACCCUAUCGCUCUCGUGCUUGAAUGCGUGGUGACUUCCGUGUACUGGCCCUUGCGGAUUUUCUUGUUGCACCAUCUUGUGAAAGAUCCGAGCCGCGAGAUGAUCCCAUUGUCGAUCGACCUUUGUCUCCACUUGGUGCCUGUGGUGGCACUCAUGGUGGAUUACAUUUUCUUCAUGCCCCGGUGGACAAUCACCCCAAGCAAUGCCUUUUGCGCAUGUAUUGUGCUCACCAGCUUGUACUGGUUCUUUUUGAAGCUGGUGAUUGACUUUGAAAACGGCGGCGAGUACCCCUACAUGUUUUUGAAUGUGGAAACCGAUCUUGUACGGGCGUUGAUCUUUGCUGCCGUGGGCCUCGUUGGGUUUGUCCUGUUUCUCUUUUUCCGGACAGUCUACGACGUCAUAGUGCACCCGGAAAUCGAGGCUGUAGAAGAGGCCAAGAUGAAGAAAAACCUAUAA